AUGAAAAGCAAGGUAAGUUGGUAUACCAUAAUUAAAACAGGGGUGGCUAUUCUGAUCUGCAGGUGUUGGUGCAGGCCUUUAUUCCAGACCAGUCAAGCAGUAACACACUUCAUUCAAUAAAUCAGUCUUGUUCAGGUGUGAAAGGGCAGUGUGGAGCGCAAUAAAGAUUGCAUCAUCUGUGGAUCUGUUGUGGCUGUAUGCAAAUUGGAGUGGGUCUAGGGUUUCUGGGAUAAUGGUGUUGAUGUGAGUCAUGACCAGCCUUUGCAAAGCACUUCAUGGCUACAGAUGUGUGUGCUACGGGUCAGUAGUCAAGUGUUGACAAAGUGUUGACAGUGCUGAGUAAGAAUUUAAACAUGAACUCACUCAUGAAAGCAGCAGCUCUUUGCUGUAUUCAUUGACAGUCUCUCUCUUGUCAUGGUUUUAAACAUUUUGAAAUCUCACAGUAUCAACUUGGCUGUAGCUUUCUUUUAUGCCUGCUACAUUACUGCAGACACGGUAAUCUGAGCCAUCCUAUUGGCCAGCGGUAGGCCAAUAGUGCACUUGAUUUGCUCUCUGGUCCCGCCGGGAAGGCAGAGUUUGUACCUUCAAAAUGGCAACAAAGAGCUACUGCAUACAUACUGCAAUGUGGGUUGGAUUGAAUUGAGCCCCUAAUCUUCAUUUUCAAGGUGAUUAUUGCACUUUUCUUCCUAACACAAUACUGCAAGAAAUGAGUUCACAUUUCAACAAAAACAUAUUGGCGCCCCAUAGGGAUUCAAAUUCAUACUGCAAGUGGCAAUAGAUGUCAGGCACUCGGCACCUUACCACUAGGCUAACUAGUCAGAGCAGUGUUUACUUGCGAUGCACAUCAUUUUAUUAUCAGAGCGUGCCAGUGGACUUCUGGUACGGAUGCUUUAGUGAGAAAGUAUUGGGAUCAGGUACAUCUACGUUUACCCACCCAAAAAUGAAUAUUUAUGAGCAAUUCCCCCCCACCAACAACUUCUCACCUGAAUGCAUUUUGUAUUUUAUUUGAAGGGGUUGGGUAGAGGCUGAAAUUGGAGUUGAUAGUUACCUUUUAAAGGUGCAGAGUUUCUGACAUCUAAUGUCACUUGCGUUGUAAGUUCGAAUCCCCCAUGGGACACAUUUAUUGCGGUAUUGUGUUGGGAAGAAAAGUGCAAUCAUCACCUUGAAACUGAAGAUUAGGGGCUCAAUUAAAUCCAAACCGCAUUGCAGUAUUUACGGAGUAAUUCUUUUUUCCAAUGGUCAAAUGAACUCAGACUGGUUUUGGGUACUAUAUAAAAACCUACAACUACUACCAGGGUGUGAUCCCUCUCACAGGUAUGCUUUCACUUUUCAGAAUUGGAAGUGUGAGGGUACGGAACGAAUAUUGUAAAGCAAGGAUAAAACAUUUUUUUAAAGUAAAGAUAUCUUCCCUAUGUGGGUUUAGAACUCACAACCAUUGAACUAUGAGCCAACUGUAUUUAGUGGACUGUGCCACCAAUCAGUUAUAGCAGUUUGGAAAAGAUAGGAGUUGACAUGACCACAAUUGUCAUCUAUUUCUUGUGCAGAUGGAUAUAGCUACAAAUAUAAAUCCUCAUAGCCUAGAUGUUUUUUCUUCUUUGUAAAAGCACAUAGAUGUGUAUGAAAUGGUAAGCACAAACGUUGAAUUUUGUCAUAUGCAGAAAUGUGCCUUACUGCCUUUUGAAUUGUGUUACAUCCGUAGCCUAGUCAAGGUAGCAUCAUGCAAAGUACAUUUGCACACCAGCAACACCAUUGCCAAAUAAGAUGCACUGUCACCUGCUAGCUAAACCUAAAACAUCUGGAUUUCAAUGUUUUUUUUUUUGUUCAUGAGUUACUCUUUAAGUAACCUGUCUUAUGUAACCAUACCAAACAUAACAUAUCAUACUAAUUUGAGUGUCCUGGAUUUACGUUUACUACGUCUAGUCUGAGACCAGGCUGUAUUAAUAGGCCUACAGCGUGCAGUAGGAUAUGUUGAUCAGUUGAUUGACCGGUGUACUGUAGAACGAUAAACUUUCCUCUAGUGUGGAUGUUCGCCAACGUUUUUAUAGUUGUGUAGUUCAUUCUUAUAGUUAGCAUCCUUGGGUGGAUGGCCCUUAAGAUUGGUCAUCAAAAUGUUGAAGGUCCUGGACCAUAAAAUAACUUUUCUUUGAGAUUGUACAAUGUGCUGUUAACUCAAACCUUUUGUCCUCUUUUAGCUUUCCAUCCUUGAAAGACAGGAGAUAACGCAUUUAGUGUGUGUUCGCCAAGAUAUUGAGGCAAAUUUUAUAAAGGCCAACUUCCCACAUAAAUUUAGGUAAGAAACAAACUGAGAAUGGGUACAUGUGUUUAAAACUCAGCCAAUGACAUCUCUCACUCAAUCUAUCAGCUAAUUAAUGUGGCCUGCUUUCUUCUGUUUUCAGAUACCUCGUUUUAGAUAUUGCCGACAAUCCUGUGGAAAACAUAAUUAGAUAUUUCCCUAUGGUGAGUUUCAGCAUGAGCUGAAUGUGGUGGAUAAUGUUACAAUGUACUGCAGCCUGACCUGCCAUGUUAUUGUUAGUAGGCAUAAAUGUAUUUUCCCCUCUAUCCACAGACUAAAGAAUUUAUUGAUGGCUGUUUAGCAAGCGGAGGUAAUAAAAAUUUAUUUAAUUGGAUUGAAUAUUGUCUUUAGAAUUUCAUUCCAAAAAACUGUGCGCAUACAACAAUGUGCAGGUACUUAUUUUCCUUCUACAGUGCCUUCAGAAAGUAUUCACACCAACUUUUUUCACAUUUUGUUGUUACAGCCUGAAUUUUUUAUUGAUUACAUUUAGAUUUUUUCGUCACACAAUAUCCCAUAAUGUCAAAGUGGAAUUGUUUUUCAAAAAUGUAUUGUCAAUAAGUAUUCAACCCCUUUGUUAUGGUAAGCCUAAAUAAGUUCAGGAGUAGAAAUUAGCUUAAUAAAUAAAAUAAAAAAUAAAGCAGACAUUGAAUAUCCCUUUGAGCAUGGUGAAUUUAUUAAUUACACUUUGGAUGGUGUAUCAAUACACUAAGUCACUACAAAGAUAAAGGCGUCCUUCCUAACUCAGUUGCCGGAGAGGAAGGAAACCGCUCAGGGAUUUCACCAAGAGGCCAAUGGCGACUUUAAAACAGUUUAAUGACUGUGAUAGGAGAAACCUGAGGAUGGAUCAACAACAUUGUAGUUACUCCACAAUACUAACCUAAUUGACAGAUUGAAAAGAUGGAAGCCUGUACAUAAUACAAAUAUUCCAAAAUAUGCAUCCUGUUUGCAAAAGGCAUUAAAGUAAUACUGCAAAAAAUGUGGCAACGCAAUUAACACUGUAUUCAAGACAAAAAGUUUGUGUUUGGGACAAAUCCAAUACAACACAUUACUGAGUACCACUCUCCAUAUUUUCAAGCAUAGUGAUGGCUGCAUCACGUUAUGGGUAUGUUUGUAAUCGUUAAGGACUCGGGAGUUUGUCAGGAUAAAAAAGGAACGGAAUGGCGCUAACUAAGCACAGGCAAAAUCCUAUAGGAAAAAAAACGUGGUCCAGUCUGCUUUCCACCAGACACUGGGAGAUGAAAUCACCUUUUAGCAGGACAAUAACCUAAAACACAAGGCCAAAUUUACACUGCAGUUGCUUACCAAGAAGACAGUGAAUGUUCCUGAGUGGCCGAGUUACAUUCUUGACCUAAAUCUUCUUGAAAAUAUAUGUUGACCUUAGAGACUUACCCAGUAAGACUAAUCGCUGUCAAACGUGAUUCUAACAUGUAUUGACUCAGGGGGUUGAAUACUUAUCUAAUCUAUACUGAACUAAAAUAUAAACGCAACAUGCAACAAUUUUAAAGAUUAUGCUGAGUUACAGUUCAUAUAAGGAAAUCAGUCAAUUGAAAUAAAUUAAUUUGGCCCUAAUCUAUGGAUUUCACAUGACUGGGCAGGGGCAAAGCCAUGGGUGGGCCAGGGAGGGCAUAAACUCACCCGCUUGGGAGCCGGGCCGACCCACUGGAAGCCAGGCCCAGCCAAUCAGAAUGAGUUUUUCCCCACAAAAGGGCUUUAUUACAGACAACUACCGGCGUGGUUACAGGUGGUCUGCGGUUGUGAGGCCGGUUGGACGUAAUGCCAGAUUCUCUAAAACGACGUUGGAGGCGGCUUAUGGUAGAGAAAUGAACAUUACAUUCUCUGGCAAUAGCUCUGGUGGACAUUCCUGCAGUCAGCAUGCCAAUUGCACGCUCCCUCAACUUGACAUCUGUGGCAUUGUGUUGUUACAAAACUGCACAUUUUAGUGGCCUUUUAUUGUCCCCAGAAUAAGGUGCACCUGUAAUGAUCAUGCUGUUUAAUCAGCUUCUUGAUAUGCCACAGCUGUCAGGUGGAUGGAUUAACUUGGCAAAGGAGAAAUGCUCACUAACAGGGAUGUAAACAAAUUUGUGCACAACAUUUGAGAGAAAGAAGCUUUUUGUGCAUAUGGAAAAUUACUGAGAUCUUUUAUUUCAUCUCAUGAAACAUGGGACCAGCACUUUACAUGUUGCGUUUAUAUAUUUGUUGAGUGUAGAUAGUGUUUUAUUUUUCAUAAAUUCUAACAUUUGUAAAAAAAAAAUCUUCCACUUUGACAUUUAGAGUAUUUUGUGUAGAUCAUUGACCAAAAAUGACAAAUCCAUUUUAAUCCCACUUCGUAACAAGAAAAUGUGGGAAAAGUAUUUCUGAAGGCACUGUAUGUGACAUUUCUUGUACCCUGCACCUGGAGAAUUGUUGGAUUGUGCGAUACACAUAUACUAUUUCCCCAUAGAAAUCUAUCUUGACUCUUUCCUUGUCUUGUUCACAUAGGAAAGGUACUAGUUCAUGGAAAUGCAGGGAUAUCAAGAAGGUUGGUUACCUCUCCUCAUGUAAAAUAUUUGAUUUUGAACAGAUCCAGUGUUUGAAAAUACCCUAAUUCCCUGCCUGUCUAUUGAUCUUGAAGGAAUACUUUAAGGAAUACCUGGAAUAGUAUAAAGUAAUCCUUCUACCCCCCCCCCCCCCCCACCCCACACCCAUUAAAGAGUGGUUGUCCCACUGGCUAUCAUAAGUUGAAUGCACCAAUGAUGUAAAUGAUUGAUAUUCUGUUACUUAAAGAUGAAGACCAGUAUCAAUCUAAAUAAUUAUCUCUUCUCCUUUCAGUGCUGCCUUAGUUAUUGCAUACCUUAUGGAGACAUUUGGUGUGAAAUACAGGUAAGACCUUUCAACAAACCAAGCAGGCUUCAUUUAUUGCUAGCUAGUUCAGAGUAGAGCUGGGACGUUAAACCGAAACUGACAUUGCCUUCCUCUUACCAAAGCAAACGUCGGUAAUUCUGGGUGAUUUUCCUACACAACGUUCCUGUGGAUUGUUCUAAAACCAUAAUUUGGUCAACAGUAAAAUCCUAUGCAUUAUGUUGAGUCUUGCUAUGAAAGUAUCUGCCUGUCCCUGUUUCGCUGCGGACUCUCACUCCCUCUCCCCACGAUCCACGCAGAGGAGGGAGAGAUGCAUUCUGAGAAGCACAAGCAUAUGACCGUUCAAAAUGCUCUUGUGGGAAAAAUAGUUUUCAAAGCAACUAUUGUUUUAGUUAGAGAGGAGAUUCGUAGCUUUCUGUGAGUGCGUUCAGAAAGUAUUUAGACCCCUUCACUUUUUUCACGUUGUUACGUUACAGCCUUAUUCUAAAAUUGAUUUCCCCCACAUCAAUCUACACACACUACCCCAUAAUGACAAAGCAAAAACAGUUUUUUUAUUUUUAUUUUUGCAAAUGUAUAAAAUAAAACUUUAAUAUCACAUUUACAUAAGUAUUCAGACCCUUUACUCAGUACUUUGUUGAAUCGCCUUUGGCAGCGAUUACAGCCUCGAGUCUUCUUGGAUAUGACGCUACAAGCUUGGCACACCUGUAUUUGGGGAGUUUCUCCAAUUCUUCUCUGCAGAUCCUCUCAAGCUGUCAGGUUGGCUGGGGAGUGUCGCUGCGCAGCUAUUUUCAGGUCUCUCCAGAGAUGUUUGAUCGGGUUCAAGUCCGGGCUCUGGCUGGGCCACUCAAGGACAUUCAGAGACUUGUCCCGAAGCCACUCCUGCGUUGUCUUGGCUGUGUGCUUAGGGUCGUUGUCCUGUUGGAAGGUGAACCUUCGCCCCAGUCUGAGUGCUCUGGAGCAGGUUUUCAUCAAGGAUCUCUCUGUACUUUGCUCCGUUCAUCUUUCCCUCAAUCCUGACUAGUCUCCCAGUCCCUGCCGCUGAAAAACAUCCCCACAGCAUGAUGCUGCCACCACCACCAUGCUUCACUGUAGGGAUGGUGUCAGGUUUUCUCCAGACGUGACGCUUGGCAUUUAGGCCAAAGGGUUCAAUCUUGUUUCUCAUGGUCUGAGAGUCCUUUAGGUGCCUUUUGGCAAACUCCAAGCGGGCUGUCAUGUGCCUUUUACUGAGGAGUGGCUUCCGUCUGGCCACUCUACCAUAAAGGCCUGAUUGGUGGAGUGCUGCAGAGAUGGUUGUCCUUCUGGAAGGUUCUCCCAUCUCCACAGAGGAACUCUGGAGCUCUGUCAGAGAGACCAUCAGGUUCUUGGUCACCUCCCUGACCAAGGCCCUUCUCCCCCGAUUGCUCAGUUUGGCGGGGCGGCCAGCUCUAGGAAGAGUCUUGGUGGUUCCAAACUUCUUCCAUUUAAGAAUGGAGGCCACUGUGUUCUUGGGGACCUUAAAUGCUGCAGACACAAUCCUGUCUCGGAGCUCUACGGACAAUUCCUUCAACCUCAUGUCUUGGUUUUUGGCUAAUUUCUCUCCCUCCCUCCCUCCCUCCUCAGGUACAGUAUGUCAUUCAAGGCUACCACAAGAGGAGAGAGUACAUUGCUGCCUUUCUCAGUCACUUUGGAAUGUGAGUCUGUGUGUGCGUAUGUGCGCCCAUGUAUGCGAGAAAUUAAUUGAAAUAUCACAUUUACAUACACUACCACUCAACAGUUUGGACACACCUACUCAUUCAAGGGUUUUUCUUUAUUUUUACUAUUUUUUGCAUUGUAGAAUAAUAGUGAAGAUAUCAAAACUAUGAAAUAACACAUAUGGAAUAAUGUAGUAACCAAAAAAGUGUUAUUCAAAUCAAAAUAUAUUUUAUAUUUGAGAUUCUUCAAAUAGCCACCCUUUGCCUUGAUGACAGCUUUGCACACUCUUGGCAUUCUCUCAACCAGCUUCAUGAGGUAGUCACCUGGAAUGCAUUUGAAUUAAGAAGUGUGCCUUCUUAAAAGUUAAUUUGUGGAAUUUAUUUCCUCCUUAAUGCGUUUGAGUCAAUCAGUUGUGUUGUGACAAGGUGUGUGUGGGGGAGGGUAUACAGAUGAUAGCCCUAUUUGGUAAAAGACCAAGUCCAUAUUAUGGCAAGAACCGCUCAAAUAAGCAAAGAGAAACGACAGUCCAUUACUUUAAGACAUGAAGAUCAGUCAAUAAGGAACAUUUCAAGAACUUUGAACGUUUGUUCAAGUGCAGUCGCAAAAGCCAUCAAGUGCUAUGAUGAAACUGGCUCUCAUGAGGACCGCCACCGGAAUGGAAGACCCAGAGUUACCUCUGCUGCAGAGGAUAAGUUCAUUAGAGUUACCAGCCUCAGAAAUUGCAGCCCAAAUAAAUGCUUCACAGAGUUCAAGCAACAGAACAACUGUUCAGAGCGGACUGUGUGAAUCAGGCUUUCAUGGUCGAAUUGCUGCAAAGAAACCACUACUAAAGGACACCAAUAAGAAGAAGAGACUUGCUUGGGCCAAGAAACACGAGCAAUGGACAUUAGACCGGUGGAAAUCUGUCCUUUUGGUUUGGAGUCCAAAUUGGAGAUUUUUGGUUCCAACCACCAUGUCUUUGUGAGACGUGGUGUGGGUGAACGGAUGAUCUCCGCAUGUGUAGUUCCCACCGUAAAGCAUGGAGGAGGAGAUGUUAUAGUGCGGGGGUGCUUUGCUGGUGACACUGUCUGUGAUUUAUUUAGAAUUCAAGGCACACUUAACCAGCAUGGCUACCACAGCAUUCCUGCAGUGAUGUGCCAUCCCAUCUGGUUUGGGCUUAGUGGGACUAUCAUUUUGUUUUUUCAACAGGACAAUAACCCAACACACCUGUAGGCUGUGUAAGGGCUAUUUUACCAAGAAGGAGAGUGAUGGAGUGCUGUAUCAGAUGACCUGGCCUCCACAAUCCCCCGACCUCAACCCAAUUGAGAUGGUUUGGGAUGAGUCGGACCGCAGAGUGAAGGAAAAGCAGCCAACAAGUGCUCAGCAUAUGUGGGAACUCCUUCAAGACUGUUGGAAAAGCAUUCCAGGUGAAGAUGGUUGAGUGAAUGCCAAGAGUGUGCAAAGCUGUCAUCAAAGCAAAGGGUGGCUAUUUGAAGAAUCUCAAAUAUAAAAUAUAUUUUGAUUUGUUUAACACUUUUUUGGUUACUACAUGAUUCCAUAUGUGUUAUUUCAUAGUUUUGAUAUUUUCACUUUUAUUCUAUAAUGUAGAAAAUAGUAAAAAUAAAGAAAAACCCUUGAAUGACUAGGUGUGUCCAAACUUUUCACUGGUACUGUAUGUAUUCAGACCCUUUACUCAGUACUUUGUUGAAGCACCUUUGGCAGCAAUUACGACCUCGAGUCUUCUUGGGUAUGACACUACAAACUUGGCACACUUGUAUUUGGGGAGUUUCUCUCAUUCUUCUCUGCAGAUCCUCUCAAGCUCUGUCAGGUUGGAUGGGGAGCGUCGCUGCACAGCUAUUUUCAGGUCUCUCCAGAGAUGUUCGAUCGUGUUCAAGUCCGGGCUAUGGCUGGCCAACUCCAGGACAUUCAGAGACUUGUCCCGAAGCCACUCCUGCGUUGUCUUGGCUGUGUGCCGUUGUCCUGUCGGAAGGUGAACCUUCACCCCCAGUCUGAGGUCCUGAGCGCUCUGAAGCAGGUUUUCAUCAAGGAUCUCUCUGUACUUUGCUCCGUUCAUCUUUCCCUCAAUCCUGACUAGUCUCCCAGUCCCUGCCGCUGAAAAACAGCCCCACAGCAUGAUGCUGCCACCACCAUGCUUCACCAUAGGGAUGGUGCCAGGUUUCCUCCACACGUGACACUUAGCAUUCAGGGCAAAUAGUUCAGUCUUGGUUUCAUCAGACCAGAGAAUCUUGUUUCUCGUGGUCUGAGAGUCCUUUAGGUGCCUUCUGGCAAACCAAGCGGGCUGUCAUGUGCCUUUUACUGAGGAGUGGCUUCCGUCUGGCCACUCUACCAUAAAGGCCUGAUUGGUGGAGUGCUGCAGUGAUGGUUGUCCUUCUGGAAGGUUCUCCCAUCUCCACAGAGGAACUCUGGAGCUCUGUCAGAGUGACCAUCGGGUUCUUGUUCACCUCCCUGACCAAGGCCCUUCACCCCCGAUUGCUCAGUUUGGCUUGGCGGCCAGCUCUAGGAAGAGUCUUGGUGGUUCCAAACUUCUUCCAUUUAAGAAUGAUGGAGGCCACUGUGUUCUCGGGGACCUUCAAUGCUGUAGACAUUUUUUGGUACCCUUCCCCAGAUCGGUGCCUCGACACAAUUCUGUCUCGGAGCUCUAAGGACCAUUCCUUCGACCUCAUGGCUUGGUUUUUGCUCUGACAUAAACUGUCAACUGUGGGACCUUAUAUAGACAGGUGUGUCUUUCCUAAUAAUUUCCCAUCAAUUGAAUUUACCACAGGUGGACUCAUUUCAAUCAAGUUGUAGAAACAUCAAGAAUGAUCAAUGGAAACAGGAUGCACCUGAGCCUAAUUUCGAGUCUCAUAGCAAAGGGUCUUAAUACUUAUGUAUGUAAGGUAUUUCUGUUUUUAGUUUAAAAUAAAUUUGUACAAAUGUAUAACUUGUUUUCGCUUUGUCAUUAUGGGGUAUUGUGUGUAGAUUGAGCAUUUUUUUGUUUUUAACCAUUUUAGAAUAAGGCUGUAACGUAACAAAAUGUGGUAAAAGUGAAGGGGUCUGAAUACUUUCCGAAUGCACUGUAUAGGCCAAUAAUGCAGAAAGAUAUCUGCAAUUCUCUAAAGAGCCAAAAAUAAAUCGGACAAUUCUGCAUUCUAUUUUGACAAGUUGCACAUAAAAAUAUAAAUCAUGCAUUUCCUGGAUAUGUUAAUGUAAUAGCUUACUUUUUGAAUCAUAGGCUACCAGUUGUCUUACUUGGCACUGGAAAAAAUUGUCUAGAGCCCUGCCGCUAAUGUAAACUAACUGUCCAUUAAACUUUUAACGUUGUAUUCGUUAGAGCAAAAUACACUGAACAAAAAUAUGAACGCAACGUGAAGUGUUGGUCCCAUGUUUCAGGAGCUGCACCCCUGCCCAGUCAUGUGGAAUUCAUAGAUUAGGGCCAAAUUAAUUGUUUUCAAUUGACUAAUUUCCUUAAAUGAACUGAAACUCUGUAAAAUCUUUGAAAUUGUUACGUUUAUAUUUUUCAGUAGUUUACAUUUAUCGCCAGCUAGCACCUCUCCCAAAAAGUAUUUACCGUAAUUUAAUCGCAGAUUUAUCAUUAUUGCAACAACAAAAAACAAUUCUUUGCAAUAUGGAUUUUGGUCCAUAUCGCUCUAGUUCAUUGACAUAAUAUUGAGUUCACUACAUUAAUUGCUGCUGUCCAGCUGCAUGGUGACCAAAGAUCUAGUAAAAUGUCCUGCUGUAUGUUGCUGGUUCUUCUGCAGGGAUGCUUUCAGCCACGUUCAGGAGAGGAGAUUCUGCAUCAACCCUAACGUGGGUUUUGUGCAUCAAUUACAGGUAGGGUCCUCUGUAGUUCAAGUCGUGAACUCAACCUUCCAAACAGCUCUGACCACUUAUAUACUUAAAUGGCAUAUUCAAUGGGUUUCAACAUUAAAUGUGGCAGAUAAAUGUCUCCUCAAAACAAGACAUUUCUGUCUGAAUGUUUGUAACAUUGCGCCCUCCAUCUCUGUUUUCUAGGAAUAUGAAGCGAUCUACUCAGCUAAACUGACCAUCAAGAUGUCACCAAUACAGCUGGGCAGAGCGUUCUCCCUUCAUGCUGGAAUGCCAGGUCAGUGUGUGCAACUUUCAUUCAGGUGACCAUUCCAAGAACCUAGGCUUAUUCCACGUUUACCAUACACGUCUGUCACCGUGGGUGGAUUUGAGAUGACUUACGAACCACCUAGAAAGAAGUCUAUUGCAGUUGGGGGAGGAGCUUAUUUAUCAGUCACUGGGCAGAAUGUAUGCAAUGAAACAUGCCCAACUGGUUUUCAUCCCAUGAAAUUCAGAUUUUUACAGUUUAUUAACCUCAACACCAGUCUUUCUUUAUGGAUGUUUGACUCUGUGAAUCUGUUCCUCAUAGGCAGCCUGAAACGAAGCCUGGAGGAAGACUAG